CCUUGCCUGCUAUUUCUGUCAGCAGGAGAACGGAGGGGAGGGGGCAGGACUGGAGGGGCCGGACUUUCUUUUUUCUGCAACUUGCCUCCGAUAAGUCUCGUUUCUUUUCCUCCUCUUCUGCACUGUCUUCGCUGACAACACCAGCGGAUCUCUCCAUCACCUCCCGGCGGGGUUGUUUUUUUUUUUCGCUCUUGUUGAGCGCGCCACACUCCUCUCCAUAUUAGCUGGAUUUUAAAUUCAAGUGCUUCGGACUCGGGCUGCGUCAAGAGGCUGUUAGGUGUUAACGGGUUCUGUCGUGCAAGAUGGAAUCAGCUCCUCUGGGAACAUCAUAAAGACAAACAGACACAACAACGUAUUUCCUACAGUGGCAGACUCCUCGGUGGCAGUGCCGGUGUCGUGUGCGGCCUUGUUUCCCAUGGACCUCAGGGUGGGAGAGCGGGGGCUGCGCCCUGGUUCGGACACGGCGCUCCUCACCCCGCUGCACCCGCCUUUACUCCUCACCCAGUUCUCCUCUCAGCCCUGCACCUCCUACUCCCAACAGCAACUGCACCAACAGAUCAGGUUUAAUGUGGAGCAGAGGAGGCGAGAGCAGGAGCACCAUGAGAAACAGCAGGAGCUGCAGCAGCUAAAACACAAAGACAAGAGUCAACAAAGUGCAGUGGCCAGUUCCCUGGUGAAACAGAAACUCCAGGAGGUGAUUCUUAAUAAACGGAAACAGGCAGCGCAAGAAAGAACAAACUCCAACACUCUGACUCCUGUAGCGUACAGAAAGCUUGGCCCAGACCCAAGUGUGUCCUCCCAGCCUCUGGUCUCAUCUCCGCCACAGCCUUCCCCUGAGGGCUCAGAGGGCACGCCGCUACGCAGAGCAGCGUCUGAGCCCAAUCUGAAGGUGAAGCACAAGCUGAAGAAACACCUUAACACCCGCAAGAGCCCGCUCACCCGCAAAGAGAGUGCCCCGCCCACUGUCAAACACAGAGUACCUGACACACUGGACUCGUCCCCCAGCAGCAGUAGCACUCCAGUCUCUGGCUGUAGCUCUCCUAAUGACAGUCUGCCCAAUGAGAAUGGGCUACUGCCAUCUGCAGGCGGCCUCUCACAUGAGGCCCAGAAGCUGCUGCUCAGAGAUGGCACUCUAGCGAACUUCACCAUCCAGAGUCCCUCCACUCUGCCCACCAUCACCCUGGGACUGCCAGCCAACGCCAGGGCUGAUGGAGAGCUGUCCUCUCUGAAGGUCGGCCGGGUUCCCGUGGUUACAGCCGGAGGCUCGUCGGUCUUCCUCCCCCUGAGCAGGGAGGAUCAGGCUGGGCACCCCCACCUGCCUGUCAUCAUCCUGGAGCCCUCGGGACUGGUACACACUCCGCUACUCACUGUUCCGGGCCUGGACUCUGUCCCGCUGCAGUUCGCCUCCCAGUUAGACCACCUGUCUCCUGGAGGUCCUCAGCCCCACAAGCCCUUGAGCAGGACACGCUCUGAACCGCUUCCCCAGAGCCCAAGGAACCUUCACACACAUCUCCUCCAACAACAGCACAACACACAACUACUGGAGAGGCUCAAACAGCAGACCCACCUUGGCAAGCUGAUGUCCAAGUCCAGCGAGAAGCCCAGACUACACCAGAUCCCCUCUGAGGACAUGGACUCAGAGGAUGGUGGUGGGAUGUCGCCCACAGAGCCGACCUAUCAGAGCAGAGUGAGGUCAGAGUCACUGAGGGAGGCGGAGCCAACAGCAUCCAAGAGCCACGAAGAGCAAAUUAACCUGCAACACGCGCUCAUACUCAACCAGUCAUUGCUAUGGGAACAGCAGAAGCAGCUGCAGCAGCUGCAUCGACAGAUGGAGACCUUGGCAGUGCCCAUGUUACGAGACAGUGGCGGGGUUGGUAGCAGGUUGGGUGUCCACCGCCCCCUGUCGCGCACACAGUCGUCCCCAGCCUCCACCUCUCUCACUCUGCCUGAGAAGACCCUGAGCCUGCCCCCGCAGGAGACCAGCAGCAAACCGCGCUUCACCACUGGCCUGGUGUAUGACUCUCAAAUGCUGAAGCACCAGUGUACAUGCGGAGACAAUAGCAGUCACCCAGAGCAUGCUGGGAGGAUACAGAGCAUCUGGUCUAGACUACAGGAGAGAGGCCUGAGGGGACAGUGUGAGAGUAUUCGUGGGCGUAAAGCCACGCUGGAGGAGCUGCAGUCGGUCCACACAGAGCGCCAUGUGUUGCUCUACGGCACCAACCCCCUCAACAGACUCAAACUGGAUAACCGCAAACUGGCUGGAAUCCUCUCUCAGAGAAUGUUUGUCAUGUUGCCAUGCGGGGGAGUAGGGGUUGAUAACGACACAAUCUGGAAUGAGUCGCACACCUCCACGGCGUCCCGAAUGGCGGCAGGCAGCGUGGUGGAGCUGGCCUUCAGAGUGGCCAAAGGAGAACUAAAGAACGGCUUUGCUGUGGUCAGACCGCCGGGGCAUCAUGCAGACCCCUCCAAUCCAAUGGGCUUUUGUUACUUCAAUUCAGUGGCCAUAGCUGCCAAGCAGCUUCAACACAAGCUCAGCGUCAGCAAGGUCCUCAUUGUGGAUUGGGAUGUUCACCACGGUAACGGCACCCAGGAAGUGUUCUACAGUGACUCCAGCGUUCUCUACAUCUCGCUCCAUCGCUAUGACGACGGGAACUUCUUCCCUGGCAGUGGUUCGCCGGUGGAGGUCGGUUCUGGAGCGGGCGAGGGCUUCAACGUCAACGUGGCGUGGACGGGAGGACUGGACCCACCCAUGGGAGAUGCCGAGUACCUCGCUGCAUUCAGGUCUGUGGUGAUGCCCAUCGCCCAGGAGUUCUCCCCGGACGUCGUUCUGGUGUCGGCUGGAUUUGAUGCUGCUGAGGGAAACCCAGCUCCUCUGGGAGGGUACAAGGUCUCCGCCAAAUGUUUCAGCUUCCUGACCCGCCAGCUGAUGUCUCUAGCAGGGGGUCGUCUGGUUUUGGCGCUUGAGGGAGGUCACGACCUCACAGCUAUCUGCGACGCAUCUGAAGCCUGUGUCAGUGCACUCCUAGGCAUACAGGACCCGCUGCCUGAAGAAGUCCUGCUUCAGAAGCCCAAUGCCAACGCAGUCCGCUCCCUGCAGACGGUCAUCCAGAUACAAAGUCAGUACUGGCAGAGUGUGAAGGCUCACAGUGGGUCAGUGGGUCUGUCCUACCUGGCUGCUCAGACAAGAGACUGUGAGGAAACAGAUGCUGUCAAUGCUUUGGCCUCACUCUCCGUGGGAGUCCUCUCCAACAAGAGCGUCCCUGAUGAGCCGAUGGAGCACGACAGCGACUCCAUGUAGAAGAAUCCGACCAAUCACCUCACAGAAACUCACCUUCAGGAGUCGGGCCCGACCUGUAGCCUCGGAUCUCUUGCGCUGUCACAUUACCAUGAAUGGGGAUGCAUUUUGUAAUGCCACUGAGCCCCACCCAUCUGCCUUAUUCACCACACAUGCACAUCCAGCGACCCACAAUGCUGAAACCUCUAACAGACCUGCCGUACGAGCACCUCAAUGCUGGUAACCACUCAGCUGACGCCAGCAGCACUACCUGCAGCUGGGAAACCUUCUGAAACCUCACCAAAGAGCAAUACAAGAUGAUUUUUAAUAGACUUUCCAUGUCUCCUGACUGACAGUGGAUUGUGGUCUGGGCCCACAGCUCUGUGACCACAAACCUUUACAGACACUGACUCUUCUUGAAGCACUAUGUACCAGCAGCUGUUUUGUUGCCUUAAUUUUUUGCCUUAAAGAAAAGACCAACAUCUGGUUUCAGAAGGAGACGACUUUGGAUUAUAAAUUCUUUUUCUCUCGUGCCACAUCGCUUCACCCAUAUCAGAGCUGAAGCCACUGUCGACCAAAUGUAUUGCAGAACGGCUGACGCAGGACGAACCUACUGUAUGACAUCAGGUGCAAGCAUGUACUGUGCACAUGUACCUGAUGUAUGAGAUGCAAAAAGAAAAAAAAACAAAGAAAGAAGUGGCCACAUCAAAAAAAGAAAAAGAAAAGAACAUUGAGAAGAAGACACGGAGAUUGUCUGUUUUAAUGAUGUCAUUACAUGCAGUUUAACCACUAAAAGAAGACAACAAAGAACUCAAGGGAAAGAGAGAAAAUGAAGACACAAAAAGGACAACUGUGGUUUUUUUGUAGAAACAAAGAAAGGGCGAAAGUCCCUGUUGUUUAAUUGCACUGUUCAUUCCAUAAUGUGAACCAUAAGAAAUUCCAAAGCUCUGGGAAAAAAAACAACUCCUCUCUAGGUUAUUUAAUAGUUGUUUUUUUUUUUUGUUUUUUUUUUUUUCGAAGAUUUGGAUGAAAUGGUGUUUGCUAUAUUUUUUUCCCACUCUUCAUGAGAUGUCUUAUGAAGUCUCUGACUCAGUCUAAGGACACGUUUUGGCCGAAAUACUGUACAGUUGUAUUUCCUCUGAAGUUAAUCUGAGAAGUAGGCAAGAUCUUAGGAGAAAGGUUAUUUUUUACUCCUGUUCAGUGUCUUAAAUGCACACACACACACACAAACACACGCACAUAUAAAUACACCUACAGACACAUGUACAAAGCAAUGAUGAACUGUUGAUGUACCACUAGUAUUGAAUACUGUAUAUUAUUGUUUAUAUUUGAGACUAAAGGAGCAUUCAUUCCACCGUGGCACCACUGAGGAUCAUUGUAUUGUUCGAUAGUGGCAAUAAUGUUAAUGCACUUAAUGGACAUCACCCAAAGAAAACUGCCUUAAAAAUAAAAAAGAAAAAAAAAAGAAAAAACAGCCUGCACUUGGCAACGGGACUGUAUGCAAGCAACAGGAGGGACCAGUACGGACACUGCUCUUACUCUACUUUUAAAAAAGACGACAUUCGAAACCUGUGGAUUUAGGUGAACACCGUAUAUGCAGACUUUUGUAUUCUCGUUUGAUGAGUACAGUGACCCGGACUGGUGUGAAUGUUUUGUUCAUGAUCUAAAUAGUUUUGGAGUCCAAGCUUCAUCACAGUCUAAUUAAGGAAACUAAUGCAUUGUGUUUUUGUUUGUACGUGACCUUUUCUUUUUCUUUUUUUUCAUAUUUGACUCUUCUCUGCAGCCGUGCUUAGUAGCUGCACUCCUCGUCAUGUUACAGUCAACUUAGAGUCGAUCAUCUUUGUAGUAGAGGUCAUGUUGAUCGCUGUGACCGCCCUGCUACAGGGGCGUGUAAGGGCUCUGCAUUCCAAAAGUACAAAUAACAAGAUCAUGUUUUUUAGUUUCAAAGUUAUUGUGUUGCAAGAUCAUUUUUCAUGCGCACUAGGUUUGACCAGUUUAGACUUCUGAUGAACAUGAAUGCUAAUCCUUUUAGAUUAAAGCUGCAGAUAGAUGAAUCUAGAUAAUUACAUUUGACAAAAUUUGACUUUUAUUUCCAGAUUUCUAUAAUUUGAAGCAGCGUCUAGACACUAAAAGUCUCUAAUGAAACUGAGACUGAUUAAAUUUAUAUUUGACUAGUACUUUCUACGUGGCUUUGUCUAAAAAUUGUUGCAUUAGAGAUUUCCUUUGAGUUUUUUAUAACCAUAAUAAUAAAUAAUUUUAAAUCA